CCUAGAUUUCUGCAAUUGAGAGUGAAUAAAAAAAAAAUGGAGGGUUCGUCGACGAUGAUGGCAAGGAAGACAUGGGAACUGGAGAACAACAUUAUAACAGUAGACCAACCUGAUUCAACCUCUGACACUGUCUUCUACUACGACGAUACUGCGCAGAGUAGGUUCCAGCAGGAGAAACCAUGGGCUAAUGAUCCUCACUACUUCAAGCGAGUUAAGAUCUCAGCGCUCGCUCUUCUUAAGAUGGUGGUCCACGCUCGCUCUGGUGGCACUAUUGAAAUCAUGGGUCUUAUGCANGAAACCCUAGAUUUCUGCAAUUGA